UUUUUAUUUCAUGGAAGAAACUGGCUACAUGGAAAGCACUCUCAAGUUGGAUCAUGUUGAUCCCAAGCAAGAGAUCAUUUUGGAAAACAAGAGUCUUGAUUUUUCAUUCUGUGACAUGACUGAUAUUACAGAUCUUAAAAAGAAAGAACCAAGAGCAGGAAAGAGAAAACCUAUUCAAGAUAGUGAUAACGAAGAAGAAGAAAAUAAUAAAACAGCUCAACUGAAUAAACAGCUUCUUGCACAAGAGAAUGCUAAGGUUGAAGAUGGCAAGAGGGCAGACGAUGGGGCUAAUGAAGGAGAAGGAGAAAAACUUAAAACCAAAAAGGUAGCAAAUCAAUAUGCUCCAGCAGUCUUUUCAGUCAUGAAGCAAAGCCAUAUUCCAUUAAUCAAUAAUGACAGGAAUGGACCUAGAAUGGGGAAUAUGGAUCUUACUCAAAUUGGUGCAACUGCAAAGCAAGGUGAGGAAGCUAAAAAGGAAGGAGCUAAGAAGAAGACUAUCAAGAGAUUAUGCAGAACACUUCUGUUGAACAAUAAUGAGAUUAGAUCACUUGAGGGUAUAUUUCCAACACUUGAAAUCGUUAUGAAUUAUCCAGAAAGACUGAAAUGGCUAGAUCUAAGCUUCAAUUACUUGACUAAGAUCCAUAGUGAUAUUCUUAAUUUCCCAGAGUUAAAAACCCUGUACCUCCAUGGAAAUUAUAUUUACCAAUUGAAAGAGGUCAAAAAAUUGGCUAAUCUAUCUCAAGUAAUCUCUUUGACUUUACAUGGAAACCCGAUUGAGCAGAUUCCAGGCUACAGACUUUACAUAAUUGGAAUAAUGUUCUCAAAAUACACAACAUUGAAGAAGCUAGAUUCAGUAAUAAUUACCAAUAAGGAAGAUGAGCAAGCAUAUGUUUGGAAUGAAAAAUUGCAUGGGAAAGUUAAAAAAUUCCCCGAAUUUGCAGAUGAUAAAUAUAAGAAACCUCCACAGAAGGAAGAAGAUGCUAAGACUGGAGAUAAGAAAAAUGAAGACUUUAAAUCAAAUAUGAUGCAGAACACUCAAGAUUAAGACUGGUUUCAUAAUUUAUGAGCAUAAU